AACUAGGCAAUACACAAAAAUAAAUUUAGUAAAUAGCCGUUAGAUUAAUCAAAAUUUUUUGAUUUGAUAUUGGAAAUUCGAAAAACGCAAACGCGCUGUGUGUUCAAAAUGCAAAUGCCAAACAUAUUUGGACAAUUGAAAAAGCAUAAUUUCCUGAUUGCAGUCGCCAUCUAUUUGCAUAUAUUUGAAAAAUCAAUUCAACUAUGUAAUUGUGUUCAUGGUUUCAGAAACAAUACAGAGAGUGCCGAGCUGGUUUCUCAUUAUGAAUCGAGUCUAUCGCUGCCAGAUAUAUUGCCCAUCCCAUCGAAAACCUAUGACAAGAAUCGUGCACCAAAGCUGCUGGGCCAGCCGACAGUUGUUUAUUUCCAUGUCACAGUGCUCUCGCUGGACUCGAUUAAUGAGGAGUCCAUGACCUAUGUGACGGACAUAUUUUUAGCACAAAGUUGGCGCGAUCCGCGUCUGCGCUUGCCGGAGAACAUGAGCGAACAGUAUCGCAUCCUGGAUGUGGACUGGCUGCACAGCAUUUGGCGACCCGAUUGCUUCUUUAAGAAUGCCAAAAAGGUGACAUUCCAUGAGAUGAGCAUACCCAAUCAUUAUCUCUGGCUCUACCAUGACAAAACACUGCUCUACAUGUCCAAGCUGACGCUGGUGUUAUCGUGCGCCAUGAAAUUCGAAUCCUAUCCACAUGAUACACAAAUCUGCUCUAUGAUGAUUGAGAGCUUGUCUCACACUGUGGAGGAUUUGGUAUUCAUUUGGAACAUGACCGAUCCGCUGGUGGUCAACGCUGAGAUCGAGCUGCCGCAAUUGGAUAUAUCAAAUAAUUAUACGACGGAUUGCACCAUAGAGUACUCAACAGGUAACUUCACCUGCUUGGCUAUUGUAUUCAAUUUGCGUCGACGUCUGGGUUAUCAUCUAUUCCACACCUAUAUACCAUCGGCGCUGAUUGUGGUCAUGUCGUGGAUAUCGUUUUGGAUCAAACCGGAGGCAAUACCGGCACGCGUUACGUUGGGCGUUACUUCGCUGCUCACGCUGGCCACACAGAAUACACAAUCGCAACAAUCGCUGCCGCCGGUGUCCUAUGUGAAGGCCAUUGAUGUGUGGAUGUCCUCCUGUUCGGUCUUCGUAUUUCUAUCGCUAAUGGAGUUUGCUGUUGUCAACAACUUUAUGGGACCGGUGGCUACCAAGGCCAUGAAGGGUUAUUCCGAUGAAAAUAUCACAGAUCUGGAUGAUUUGAAGCAUCAUCAUCGGGAGUCGAUAAUUGAGCCACAAUAUGAUACAUUCUGCCAUGGCCAUGCGACCGCCAUCUAUAUAGAUAAAUUCUCGCGCUUCUUCUUUCCGUUCUCGUUCUUCAUUCUAAAUAUUGUCUACUGGACGACGUUCCUAUGAUCUGAUCUGGUGAACUUGGGACAGUUGUUUAGCAGUUACAACAUAAAAUUAUAAAUACAAAGCGCAUUUGUUUAAAAAUGUAUAUAGAUUGUAAGACACAAAUGAGAAU